UAGGCUAUUUGGGUAUUUGGGUGUUGUGCACAAUAUUUCACUUCUUCAUGUGUAAUGAAUGUAUUGCACACAAGUGGGUGACAGUAACAUGGCAUCGUAGUGAGCAUUAGCCACAAUAAGUAUGACUCUAAGUUCCCAGUUGUGUGUAUCAAUGUAUGAGCCUUGCCUAUAUAGCCCAUAGAUGCUUGUAUUGAACAGAACGUAUAUGAACACAGUCUAUAUGGUUAGCUCUACCGCUUUGGAACACAUUGGAUUGUUGGGUUUUGUUUCUGUCAGGAGCCCUCAGUAUUAGUUUUGCGGUGUGUUUUCCCUGACUGAACUCUACAUGAAUGGCUAACUUUGCUAAUGACCGCAGGCAUAGCAUGUAGCUAUCUAUUGGCGUGAUUUGCGUGAUUUGCGUGGCGCGGGGCGUUCUCUAUUGACAUACUCAACACCAGAAAAGAAGAGUGCACGAGCAAGUGUAGCUACUUCCCUGUCACAGCGCGCAGGCGGCCAUUCUAAAAACACAUUUAUAGCUUAGUGGAGUUGACUGGGGGGUUAAGGGACGAGACAAAGGUGUAAAUAAAAACAGCCUUCCCCGCAUAGACGAGGCGUUCUUUACCAGAGUUUUUAGAUCAAUCAAGCAGACAGUGGCUUCUUUUGAUUAAACCCCAAAUUGUCAUUGGGCAGAAGUAAUCAUGUGACAGGCAGUUCGUUCCAAUUUCCACCUUGUCUCCAUGAAUUCAAUAGUUUAAUAGCAGCUCGUUCACCAUACGGCCGUAAUCAGUGAAUUUGAAAAAAGUCUAUCUUUCUCAUUGAGCCGCGACAAAUAAAAAUACACGCAGCAAACUUUCCCCGGCUCGCAGUGAGCUGAGAUGAAUUACGAAUUCGAGCGAGAGAGCGGUUUUAUCAAUAGUCAGCCGUCGCUUGCUGAGUGCCUGACAUCUUUCCCCCCUGUCGGUGAUUCAUUUCAAAGUUCAUCAAUCAAGAGAUCGACGCUUUCACGCUCGACACUGAUUCCUCCUCCUUUUGAGCAGACCAUUCCCAGCCUCAACCCGGGAAGCCACCCGAGGCACAGCCGGCCCAGACUCAGCCCGGAUGGAUGCUGCCCUCUGCCCACCGCCUCCCUACCCCCGGAAUACCCCUGGAUGCGGGAGAAGAAAGCCUCCAAGAAGAAUCACCUGCCGACUUCCACGGCGACAGCUAUAACGAGUGGACCUGUAUGCUUCUCCCCGAAAGGUUCCCCUGAGAUUCUAGAAAGUGGAGGAGGAGGGGGAGGGGGCUCCCGGCGGUUGAGGACUGCGUACACCAACACACAGCUCCUGGAGCUGGAGAAGGAGUUCCACUUCAACAAGUAUCUGUGCCGACCGAGAAGGGUGGAGAUAGCCGCCCUGCUGGACCUCACCGAGCGGCAGGUCAAAGUGUGGUUCCAGAACCGCCGGAUGAAGCACAAGAGGCAGACCCAAUGCAAGGAGAACCACAAUGGCGAAGGGAAAGGACCGAGCGCCGGGGACGGAAUCCAGAGCAACGACGAGGAGAAUGAUGGCUCGCUGUUUGAGCAGAGCCUCAAUACAGUGACCGGGGCCCUUAUGGAGAGAGAGGCCUGCUCCUUUCAGCAUAACUCGCUGAGCUCUUCCCAGCAGCUCCAGAAUGUUGGUCCGCACAAUGGCGAGGCCCAGAGUUAUACAGUUUCGCCACUGAGCAGCAAUGACAAAAAUCUGAAACAUUUUCUCAACCCGUCACCCACUGUUCCAGGCUGCGUGUCAACAAUAGGCUCCGGCUCUGCAACUGGCCCGGACAAUGGCGGUAGUCCCCCAGCCCUGGACGUCUCAAUACACGAUUUCCAAGUAUUCUCCUCGGAUUCUUGCCUUCACCUCUCCGAUGCCGCUUCGCCCAGUUUGUCAGAAUCCCUGGACAGCCCCGUGGACAAUCUGGACAUAUCUACGGACAGCUUCUACUUUUUCUCGGAGUCACUAACUACAAUCGACUUGCAACAUCUGAGCUAUUGAAAUCAAUCAAAAAAUAGAACAAGACUUUUAAACCGGAACAUUUAAUAAAUUAAAACUCUGGUUUAACUAUGAAUUUCAUUUUGGUGGUUGUUUUAGGCCUAUAUGAUCGGCACAUUUUAUUUUCAUUGAUUCAUUGAUUAGUCGAUUAAUUUAAGGUAAGAGUCUGGACAAAUAUACAAUAUGCUUGUAAUUACAAUAACAAUUUGAUUUCUCAAGAUGCAAUUUGUGUAAAGGUGCACAAUAGUAUGAAAUCUGGUCAUUUUAUUUUUGUAUAGCUUACAACUCCAUGACUAUUUUUGUUAGAAAUAAAUCUGAAUUACC